UAUUUAUUUUAUGUUAGCAGCAUGGCAGACGAUCUUGGCGACGAAUGGUGGUUGGAUGGUGACACAACUGGAGGACAGGGCGAUAUAGAACCAGAUGUCCCUCCUGGAGUCAAACAUGGACAGAAAAAAGCCUCAACUUUGAGGAAGGAAAACGAGCAAAUAAAGAAGAAGAGGAAGCAACCCCCUACCUCAGAAGAACAAGAGAACAAAGAACAAGCAAAGAAAGCAAAGAAGAAGAAAAAGAAGAAAAAUUUGACCACUCAUUUAGCAUCAGUAGGUGACCAGCCAGGAACCAAAGAUGACCUGCAAGUAUCCAUGGCAACAUACUACCAUGAUGACUUAUCAACUGUUGAGAUGGAAGAACUUAUUCUUGAUGAUGACUGCUUCUUAGCGCCCAAUUAUGACAAGGAUCCAAUAUCAGGCUACCUCUCAAGGAAUAUACCCACAUGGACGGACAUGGUUGAUGAACACAAGAAGAAGGAGAAGACCUCAAACCAUUCUAGCAUCGUUCUACUUCUCACAUCUAGCGCAAAGAGGGCAGUAGACCUGAAUAGAGAUACGCAGGCGUUCAAGGGAACUUGUGUAACGGCGAAGCUAUUUGCUAAGCACUUACGGAUCAGCGAGCAAGAGAAAUACCUGAGCAGUCACAGAGUCCAGUUUGCGGUAGCGACGCCCCACAGAGUCUCAAGCCUUCUCGAAUCUGGAUCAUUUACCGUGGACGAUAUGAAGUAUGUUGUACUGGAUUGGAACUGGCGCGAUGCUAAGCUCAGGAGGUUUGUGGAUAUCCCCGAACUGAAGAAAGACCUCUUUGGUUUGUUGAGGAAACAUUUAGUACCGGCAGCCAACAAGGGACAACUCAGCUUUGGACUGUUUUAAGGACCCUGCGUGGUGCUUGAACUACUUCGCUGGCUCCAGGUCUGUGUUUCAUUCCUUUGCGUUCAUUCAUGAAUGUUACUACUGAGUUGGAGACAUUCAGGAUGUUCUGGAGAUUGAUCAGCUUGGAUGAAGGAGAAGGUCUCACGAGGGUCACAAUGUGCUGCAAAAGUUUUGUGUCCAUCCUCAAAAACAUUGAAUGAAACCUCUCUAUAUAAAUUGGCUAUAUUUAUAAGCUGCAACUGGUACAAAUUCUUCAAGGCCUGGGCCCCUCUUACAAAGAGUUACGAUUAAUCAAAAUCAAUCGCAAGUACUCUAUCGCAAGUUUGCAGUCUUAUAUUUUUUUAUAUACAUAGUUGCGAUUGAUAUCACUUGCAAGUAAGUUGCGAUUGAUAUCAACUCUCUGUAAGAGCCCUAAAUUGCAGAAAGUAUACAAAGUAAUGCACUCUGAGGACUCACUGAUGGAAUGAGCCUAUGGAUGCCAUUUUUAAUAAUCAUAUAUUUUUCAGUCACUAUAUGCCCCAAAAUGGCCAGUUCUACUUUGCAGGAGACCAUUCAUUAAAUUUGUUGCUGUCUA